UCAUAUAUCAUCAUCACCAUCUUUAUCUCCCUCUCUCUCUCUCCCUCUCUGCAUAUAUAUAGCUACUUCGAUCUCUUUGUAGCAACCAUCAGUUAGCUAGCUAGCUUGAGGUAGCUAGCGCUUGUAUUUAUCAGAAGCUUAGAGAUAAUUUUCAGAAGCUUAGAGAGCUAUCUUAGCUACAAGGAAUUACCGGCCAAUCGACGGCGAGAUCGAUCGAUUGAUCAUGGGAGGGUUUGAGAGGAGAGGAGUUCGGCAGUACAACCGGUCCGAGGUGCCACGGAUGCGGUGGACGGAGGAGAUGCACCGGCAGUUCGUCGAGGCCGUCGAGUGCCUCGGCGGCCAGGACGAAGCAACACCGAAGCGAAUUCUUCAGUUGAUGGGCGUGAAGGGAGUUAGCAUCUCUCAUAUCAAGAGCCAUCUUCAGAUGUACAGAUCAGGCUCUAGCAACAGCAAUCAUCCUGUCAGCCUCCAGAAGUUGACAUCAGCUACUGUUAACAACAUUAGCAAACGUGAGUUUGUGAAUAGUGAAGAUCGCUGCAUUUACGCGUCAGGGGAUAGAAACACUGCAUCUUCAGACAAGAAUACUUACACCAUACUCCGCUGCGGCCGCUCAUCAAUGCCAUCAAUAGAAGAAAUAUUCAGAAACUGGGAACAAACCAGAGGGCGUCUUCUUCCAUGGAACUCCAACGUGAUUACAACAGAACAGGCAACGACUAGAGCAAGUCGUCAGACUACUAACUACAGUAAGCCUCUGAAGCAGCUGACAGACUGCGACCUGACGCUGUCGAUCGGGCAGCUGUGGGACGACGCCGCCGGCAGCGACGCCGACGGCUCCAGCACGAUCAGCGAGGAGGUCGCCGCGCCGUCGAGGGACGAAGCGUUCGUCUCUUCGGCCGAUGACCACUUCGCCGCCGCCGCCGCGAAGAAGGAGAGCAAUAUGCUGACCACUGAUCUGAACCUGGACCUGACCAUUUCAUCUUCUUGGCUGUCCUGAUCAUAUGAUCAUUCAGUUGAUGGGCCUGUGUAUAGCUGCAUUAUAUUUGUGCAUAUAUGUAGUAGUAUGUGUACAAAAAUAACGCGGAGAGAGAGAGCGUCAGGCUAGUAGUAUUUGCAGGUUACCUGAUGAGAUGAUCUUAGAGAGUGUAGUAAUAUUCUGGAGAUUUCUUUAGGAUUAUUUUCUUAUGGUCAGACACAGCAUUUUAUUAGGUUUUUCAGUAGCGCAUGCACGCGUUUAUCUGUAUAGUUUUCUUUCUAUUAUUAAUUGUUCGUUCGAUUAGAGACCGGGGACUUCAGACGAAGACGGGUGAGAAAUUUUGACAGUUUUUGCUUCUCUUGGGUAGACUUCUCUGUUGAAUUUCUCACCUUUCAUCAUCUGGGCAGUUCCCCUAUUUCUGAUCGAAUUGUUUGCGCACCACUAUCUAUACUGAUUGAGAACUACUCCCUCAAUUCCAAAAUAUAAGGGAUUUUGAUCGGAUAUGACACAUCCGAUUCGUAGUACUAGGAUAUUUUACAUCCAGCAAAAGUCUCUUAUAUUUGGGAACGGAGGGAGUAAUGGCGUUACUUGCUAGCCA